AGGCUGCGCGGGAUUAAACCAAUCCUCCCGAGAGGUGGACGACCGACCAAGUAAGGUAUGCGACUGACUCUCCGCUCGUCCACGCAAGGUAAAGUCAUCGUUUGGGUGUACAGUACAUCAUGUCGCGGCGCGGGGCCUCUAUUAAAAGGGGGCAGGAUGGUCAGGCGAACAACAUGCAUUGCUGACUUCUUGACAUUUUCGUGAUUGUAUCAUGGGUAGCAUUGAUCCUCAAACCACCUCUCCAGGAGGUCUGCACAUUCUCAUUGCCGGUGCUGGUAUUGGUGGUCUGGCCGCUGCCAUUGCUCUUCGCAGGCAAGGUCAUCGUGUCCAGCUAUUCGAGCGUUCUCGUUUUGCAAAUGAGAUCGGAGCUGCUAUUCAUCUCACGCCCAAUGCCAACUCCGCACUACUAGGUCUUGGAAUUGAUGCUGCCAAGCUCGGAGCUGUGGAAGUAGAACAGCUGCGCAUCUAUAACCCAGCUGGAGAGACGCUGGCAAUUGUUGACCACAAAGCACGGGCAGAUAGGUGGAGAACUAAAUGGUCUCUUGUGCAUCGUGCCCAUCUUCACGAAGGUCUGAAGAAUGUAGCGCAGGGACCUGGCGCCGGCAUUCCCGCCCAAUUGCAUACCACCAGCAAGGUGGUGGACAUCGAUCCCGAGGCGGCGACAAUCACUCUGGAAAAUGGCGAGGUUUUCCAGGGUGAUGUCGUGAUUGGAGCAGAUGGUGUACACUCCCUUGCGAGGACGAAGCUACCGGGCACCAAAGGCAUCGAGCCCUACAGCUCUGGCAAAAACGCAUUUCGCUUCCUCUUGUCACGCAAAGUCGCUCAAGAAGACCCUGAGACAAAACCUCUGGCUGAUAUUCUCAGCGUUUGCAGCAUGUGGGAUUCCCACGACAAACGUGUGGUCAUCUAUCCUUGUGCUAACAAUGAGAUACUGAACUUCGUCUGCAUUCACCCCGAUACCUUGAGCAAGGUGAACACUGGGGCAGACUGGAACCAGGAGGCCAGUAAGGAUGCUCUUCUCGAUGUAUAUAAGAACUUCAAGCCGGAGGUGGUCAAAAUAUUGGCCAAGGCUGAGCCCCAGACGCUGAAGGUAUGGCCCCUUUUCGACAUGCAACAGCCGCCUACGUGGGUCCAUGGUCGUCUGGCAGUAUUGGGGGACGCCGUUCAUCCCUUCUUACCAUACCGCGCUUCUGGUGGCGCCAUGGCCAUUGAAGAUGGUGUUUCUCUCGGCGUGAUGCUGUCAAGGGACCUUGAUCCAGCAGCAGUACCAGAGAGAUUGAUGUUGUAUGAAAAAGCCCGAUACACGCGCGCUACUACGAUCCAACAAAUGACUCGAGACUCUGAUGGUCCUCAACCUGUCGACGAAAUCCGGAGAAUGGAAGACUACAUCUACGGGCAUGACGAGUAUGAUCAUUCGACCAACCUUUUGCGGAAGCACAUUUGGAGCCAAGGGACACCCAAGUACUGGCGUCAGCCAAUCGUGUUCGGGCCGAUGCCCGGCCCUCGACAGGACUGGUACGGUCGAGACCGUGUCCAGAAAUCUCUCAAAGCCACCUUUGAGACCGUCUCUAUCAGAUUCAAGACCAGUCGAACCUGCCUCCAGAAUCUACUUCCCAAUGACUCUUGGUCCUUCGUCGACCAAGGUACAGUAGCCUAUGCGAGCUUUUCCCAGACGAAACUCCACCGCAUGGACUGGCUGGGUGGAGGUGGGUACCGCCACAUCGGGUUGUAUAUCGAGGGAGUCCAGUACAAGAAGAAAAAUGGCGAAACUGUUGAGGGCACCUAUUUGCCAAUACUAUUCGAGAAUCUGACUGAUCCCAUCGUCAGCGGCCGCGAAGAACUUGGCAUGCCGAAACUGUAUACCGCAAUCGAUGCCCACGAUCGCAGCAACUCGCAUCAUCUGACAACUAGCUGGCAGGGCGCAGUUUGGGGCCACUUCCACUUGGAGGAUCUCGAGGAUCAGGAACCAGAGAUGAACACAAAUCCUAAUCCAUCCAGCGUGGGUAUACUGGUGCACCGAUAUAUUCCCAAGGUAGGCCAUGAGAACAAGGGAGUUCCUGAAGCAGAGUACCCUGUUAUUGUGCCACAUGCGGAGGAGGCGAAGGUGGUCCCCUCUAAAAUUACUCGGCUGCGAACUACCAAGAACGCAAGAUUUGAGAUUGACGGUCUCAACUGGACACAGCUACCCACACUACAUCACAUCAUUUCCCGCCUGGCUGAUAUCCCAGUAGACGAAGUUGUUGGUGGAAAGAUUGUGGAAGGCGAGGGUGUGCCAGAUGUAUCGGUGGCCAAGCGUCUGGAAUAGAUAUCGCAUAGGUUAUCGUGUUAUACAAUAUUCACUUCACUGCUACAAUACCGUAGUUCUCUCUGCUGGUCACGGAUAGAGCCCUGAAGCAUAAUCAACUAUUUCAGCUUGCUUGACCCCGCAUAGUGAGCGGGGUAAACCCCCAAGCAGUGGCGGAGUAAAGCAGCAACACCCGCGCUUGCCAGCAUUCUUUCAAGCCGUUGUUUUCCAUAGAAGGCUGAUCCGGUUGCUUGAGAG